AUAAGAUAUUUCUAAUCACUAAAAUCAAUACACCACGCACCAAAAAUCCUUAAAGCAAACACACAUUUUACAUUUUACAGUAAAGAUAUGAGAACUCUUACCAUUCUCCAACAGAUAGCACCAUCUCACAUUACGAGACCAAACCCAUGGCCACAGAUCCACCGGCUCCCCCACACUAAUCGCCCUGAGACGCCGUUCCCGUCGCAGCGGAAGUGGCAGCUCCAGAGCGGCGCAAAAGGCUUCACCAGCAGACCAAAUGGCGGCGAAUCCGUCGCGAGAAAGGGCGAGACUAGCGGCGGCGGAGGCAACGACGACGACGAUAAGAUAUCGGAUGCGGUGUGGGAGAGGAUGAUCAAGAGAAUUUUGUCCUCCGUCGGGAUGCCUUUAGCAAUUGGAUUCGGCCUGCUGAAAGGCUUCGAUGUGGUGAUAGAGAAUGGGUCGUGGAACGUGCCGAAAUGGAUGCCAUUUGUGACUACUUUUUUGACAUUCGGAGCUUCGGCGCUUGGAAUUGCGUACGGCAGUCUGUCGACAAGCUUGAACGAGGCGGAAGAGGGAUCGUUGCUAGGGUUUGAACAGCUGCAGAAGAAUUGGGUUGAGAUGUGGAAGGAAGAAGACGCUGCUUCAUCUUAAAUCUAAACUCUCUUCUUCAUUCUUUUUUCUUUUCCUUUUUCUCUUUUUCUUUUUCUUUUUCUUUUUCUUUUUCUUUUAGUAUAAAAAAUCCUUCGCUUGUGUAGUUUGUAGUUUAUUCAUGUGUACUAGUAUUAAAUUUAGUUAAAUUUCCUACAAAAUUAGUAGUAGUAAUUGAUUGUAAGUAUAUCUAAAUACAAAAAAUCGAAAAUUAUAUCAAGAUUGUUGUAAUAAUUUGAAACAAA